AUGCAAGCAGCGCUUGCGGCCAAGGGUUAUGAUCUGCUGGGCACGGACGGUGGAGGUGGUGGAGGCGAUGAUGGCGAGGAGGAAGACUCGGAUGAGGAAGAUGUCUUUGGCAGGAUCCGAAAGUUGCCGCCAGACGCUGCACGAGAGAAGGGCAAGAAGGCUUUCCAGGAUGGUGACUACGACAAAGCGAUACGAUACUGGCAAGGUGGACUGAAGUCCAUUUUGGGAUCGCUGUGCGCCGGGCCUGCAGCCUUGUCGGAUCAGUCCUUGUCCGAGCUGGACUUGACGCUGAAUUUGAACAUCGCCAUGGCCUACAUGAAAAAGGAGGACUACCAUGCUGCAGAGAGAUCGGUGGACAAAGCCCUGGCCAGAAGAGAGGCGCUGCCUGCGCACCUCAUCACCAAGGCGCUUUACCGCAAAGCGAUGGCUCAGCGAUCAAUGCGCAGGCUUGAUCAAUGCCUCGAAACUCUGGGCGACUUGCUGGAGGUGGAAGCCGGACAUGCUGCUGCCAAGCAGAUGCAGCAGGAGGUGGAGCGCGAGUGGGCGAAGCAGUGCCGCGAUCAAAAGAAGAACAUGAGGAAACUCUUCGACAAGCUCUCUGGAGAAGACCGAGCCGCAGAGGAGAUAGAGCGUCAGCAGCGCACGGCUCUUCGUGAUCGGUCCGGUGUCCGAUGGACGGUGGAUGACGUUGACUCGGAGGCUUUCGCCGCUGGCAGCACACCGCCUUCCGAUGGCAAGGACUGGGGACUGGCUUUGAGCAGAACUGUGCUCUGGGCCAUGGAGCAGCUGGCCCUGGAAGGGUGUGCCUGCUGCCCGGAAGGACUUAGUAAAGCAAGCUUCUGGUUCUUGGGUGCGUCGUCCACCUGUGAACUUAGAUGGCUGAAGCCGGCAGAAAUUCUGAAGAGGCUUCCAGCUAUUCAAUGCCUUGCGCUUGAACUUAUUGGCUUUCUGGGCGAGAUAGAUCCCGACAAUUCCAGGGUGCCUGACCCCAACAUCGACAAGCUGCCGGAGGGUAUCAUGAAAAUCAGCGUGGAUGAGCGGCAAGCCUUGUGCCACCCUCUGUCAUUGCUUGGUGAGCUUGCAGUAGAUCUCCAACUUUACCGGCGAUGGGAUGGUCCUGCCAGUCUGAGAGCGACGCAAGGGUCACUGGAGGAGGCCUUGGACAAGGCCUUGGGGGGGCAAAACAAGCGAGGGAGGACUUUGGAUUCGAGCCUCUCCGAGGAGCUGCUUUUGCCGCCCGAUGCGGAUGGGAAGGAGGCGAUUGCAGGUGUUGCAGUAUCGGUGCAUCCUUUGCGCUUUGGACAAUUCGCAUUUCGAGCCUCCAGGCCGGAGUGCCUCCAGGCCUGGACGGCCAGCAAGUUUAGGCCGGGCGAUGGCACCAAGCCUGAAGCGCUUGGCCACUCUGUGCGCGUUGCAAGCGCCGGCAAGGAGGACUUUGCUCAGCACAUCAUUGGUUGGCAGUGGUCUAUCAUGUCCAACUCGAAGGAUGCCGUGAACGGCUACGAGGGACGUUUUCAAGACGAGUCCCUCACAGAGCGGACCACAACAGAUGAGUACUACGACCUGGCCACUGACUUUUACCUGUAUGGCUGGGGCUCGUCGUUCCACUUCGCGACACGCUUCCUUGGAGAGAGCCUUGAAGACUCCAUCGUCAGGCAUGAACAUUUCCUAGCAGCGAAGCUGGGGCUCAAGCCUGGGUUCAAGGUAGCUGAUCUCGGCAUGGGUGUUGGAGGACCGUUGAGGUCCAUACAGAAAUUCAGCAACGCCGAUGUUACGGGUAUCACAAUCAAUGAUUAUCAGGAAGUCUUUCUGGAGUCAGCCAAAGCCUUAAAGAAAGGCGGCAAGCUCUUUUCCUACGAGUGGGUCAUGACAGACCGUUUCAAUCCCAGUGAUCCCGAACACCUGGCGAUCAAGAAAGGGAUUCAGAUCGGUGACGGCAUAGAGGCACUCGAGCUCGUGGGAAUCCGUGGUCCAUUACAGGGCCUGAACAGAAGCGGCUUCCGAAUCCUGGAGCAUGGUGACUUAGUCGAUCUGGCGGAGGAGUGGUACGGCGAUCACAAUGUGCCAUGGUAUUUCGAAAUGGCACAAUUUUAUUCAUUCGCCUCCUUCAGAUCCUUCGCGUUAUCCGAAUUUGGGCAGCGCGCCCUGGGCACGCUCUUGUGGCUAGCCGCCCAGGUCGGCCUGGUGCCGGAAGACGCCUCCAAGACCGAACAGAUGCUUCGGCAGGCGAGCAUCAACCUGGUCAAAGGUGGUGAGCUGAAGAUCUUCACUCCCAUGUACUACAUCGUGGCAGAGAAGGCCUUGCCACAGGCGUGCUUUAUUGCACAUCCGCAGUUGCACAGAUAUUUCUCCGAGUUUCAUCCUGCGAUUAGCUGGCUGAUAACGAAGCAGGUGCCUACAAUCAUCAUUGGUGCAUCUGAUCCAGAUCCAUCCUGGAAGCAGGACGAGCAGCUGCUCAGAAAGCUUGGUGCUGAACUCGUUGUUAGUAAGCGGGAGAGCCCGUAUCCGAUGUGCCUACCUGGGAACUCAAAAGUGAAGAAAUGCAGUCACAUCAUUGGUUUCCGUGGAGGAAAGGCGAUCGAGCGCGACAAGCUGAUGAACGCUGGGUGCUUCAGCAAGUCCUCGCAUGCUGGCUCUGGCCCGAGUACAGCGUGCGGUAGCUGGACCUUCGUUCACUUGCUCUCGCAGAGCGAGACCGUCAGCUCAACAGCGCAGCGGACCUGGACCUGCAAGCAGGUGCGUUCUCUGCGGAUCCUUUGCUGUCUGGGUGGUCGAUGCUCUAGAACCCGCAGAGGUGUCCCACCGGGCCAGUGCUCGAAGUGUCCCGACACGCAGUGCAGCGGCGUAGCAAGCGUCCUGGAGGUGCUUUGCAUCUUUGAAGGUACAGGCCAAAAGGUCCAUGCUGCUGAAGAAGCGCUGCUGGAGGACAUCCAGAAGCGUUUGUCCAUGGGCAAGGACCAAGCUGAAUCUCCUUGCGCCCUUCUUCCAUGCAGUACAUGCAUUGAGAUCUUCGAGGGCAAGCUCUUCAUGCAGUGGCUGGAUGAUAGGGCCAACUGCGAACGGCCUGUUGCAUUAUGUCCUCAGAUCGCGGUGUCCUUUGAAGCUGACGAAGCACCUCCGGCGUAUGUUCGCAAGGCAGGCAAGUGGUCCCUGGCCCAAGGGGUCGGUCCCAAGGACUUGGAGGUGAAGCUUCCGUUUCAGCUGCCAGCCGGGCAAUUCAAGACUUUGAUCUGA